AUGGAUGGUGGCAAGCUGGCGCCCGCCAUUUCCAUGGAGUCGUUGAACUCUGUCAGUACGGAUUCCUGUCCUCAAGUUCGGACCCUAUUCGUCUCUGGUCUUCCAAUGGAUGCGAAACCUCGUGAACUCUAUCUGUUAUUCCGUGCCUAUCGUGGUUACGAGAGUUCAUUGCUCAAAAUGACGGCAAAAAAUGGCAAACCGACUUCGCCCGUUGGAUUCGUCACCUUCCAGACUAGCAAGGAUGCUGAGGAAGCACGUAAGGCUUUGCAAGGUGUUCGUUUUGACCCGGAUUGUGCUCAAGUUUUACGUCUUGAAUUGGCCAAAUCGAACACAAAAGUCAGUCGACCGAAACAAUCACCUCCACCGGUGAUUCCCAUGGCUGCACCAUCCUUGCAGACCAUGCCCCAGUUUUUGGCCCCACUUCAACCCGCCGAUGCGAUUCUGUUCGAUCAACAUCCUCUAUUAUUCGAUCAGCAUCAACUAUUCUCGCUGAAUCUCCCACGAAUUCCCUCCGUCACCCCCUCCGUACCACUAGCUGGUAUUCUUUCGUCUGAUGGUGGCUAUCACCAAAAUGCAUUCCUACAGGCUGCUUUGGGACUUAAUGCCCAAAACGCGGCCUCACUUCAAGGCUGUUCGACGCUAUUCGUGGCUAAUCUGAGCCCUGGUGUUACCGAGGACGAGCUGCGUUCUGUAUUCAAGGCAUUUGCCGGAUUUACUCGACUACGAAUGCACACAAAGAACGGUUCUUCCGUGGCAUUUAUCGAGUACUCUUCACUAGCCUCAGCAACCAGUGCUAUGAUGGCCCUGCAAGGAUUCCACUUGGGAUCCUCGGACCGUGGAGGUAUCCGGAUCGAAUAUGCCCGUAACAAAAUGGCUGACGUAAAUGGCUGA